AGCGAUACGUUGAUUGACGCCAUUACGCUCCGCUGUCAAAUGUGAACCAAUAUCCAAUAAAAUUGGAGCUUUUUGAAAUCGCAGAAAGACGUCCUCUUUAUAACAGAAAACUGGUGGCAUCACAAAUUGAUUUCUCGUUUUAUUAUGGCUCAAAAUAUCAACCCGACUUACGCUUCGUCGUCAAACCCAGCGAAACAGAACGAGGAUACAAUAAAACUGAAAGACAAUCAUGCAGUCAGCAAAAGACUUCAGAAAGAGCUGAUGGAGCUUAUGCGGUGCGCGGAUAAAGGGAUUUCUGCGUUCCCGGAAAGUGACAAUCUUUUUAAAUGGAUAGGCACAAUCAACGGCCCGCAGGACACCGUCUACGCUGGUCAUAAGUACAAAUUAUCUUUAGAGUUCCCUAACUCGUACCCUUACGCUCCGCCUAUGGUGAAAUUCAUCACUCCAUGCUACCAUCCUAAUGUAGAUACUUGUGGGUUAAUUUGUUUAGACAUAUUGAAAGAUAAGUGGACGGCCUUGUAUGAUGUGCGCACGGUUCUGCUGUCCAUACAGAGCCUGCUAGCCGAGCCCAACACACAGAGUCCGUUGAACCAACAAGCAUCGUACCUGUGGCCAAACCAACCCGCCUAUAAGAAGUACCUAGAUGAAUUUUAUAAUAAACAUAAAGAUUCAUAGUUUGUAAUAGUAAUGUCGUAUUAUAUUUUGAUUUGCGUUGUAUUUUGUGUUGUGUAUGUUUGAUAGUGUUCAUGGAUGGGAGUGCGGUGCGGUGGGCUAGUAAUAGACUAAUAUAAAAUUGACAAAUCAGAUUUUGUACUUUCAUAGACGGAACAGAGAUGUUAGCAAUUGAAAUUUUGGUUGGGGUAUUUUUUUUUGUUCCAUUCUGACUGUAUACAUGUUUUUCUUUGUUACAUUCCUAUAACGAAAUUGUUAAUUAAAUUACCUAUGUAGACUGAUUCACUCGUCUUAUGAGCAGGUAUAAGUUUAAUCUUACACAACAUUGGGCAAGAUAUUAAAACAAUAAUAUUCUGUUUCAAUUCAUGUUUAAUUGUUUUUAUUAAUUAUAAAAUUGUUUUAAGAAAUUACUGCAUAGAUUUUAUCAUAUCAAACACCAUUUUUUUUUUCAAUAAUCUAAUCAAUAAUUGUUUAGAAAAAUAUAGAAUGAAUUAUCACGCCUUUAGGAAUAUAUGACUAGAUAUCCAAUAGAAACUCAAUUCUAAAUCAAUAGACUGAAGUAUGAGUAUUUGUUGAAUGUUUAAAAUGUAAAUUCCUUUUUUAAAUGUAUGCAUAAUUUCAAUCUUUUCGUAAAAUGCUUCCAUUUUAAUUUUUGUAAGUUUAAAAAUGAGGUUUUUGUAAAAUUUAUUGUAUUGUAAAAUUAUUUAUUGUAAAAUGCCCAACCGCCCCACAUCUCAGGGUUUGUAACAAGCGAAGACUUUAUGUAUAUUGAGAUCACUGACAAUUACAAUUCUUUAGUGCAAUU